AUGUUUUUCAUCAUUGAAUCAAACGUUUUUUCAGCUUUGGCUUUCUGUGACUGGUCCGAUACUCAAAGAGUUCGAAGAGAACUAUUGAAAGCGCACACUUUUCCAAGAGCAUUUACUGAGAAAUUUUCCACACUCGACAAUACCAUAUGCGAUGAAAUGGCCUCUAUCGUAUCUCAGAUUCAACCUGGCGUCAGUACUGAUUUGAAACUAAUAAUACUUCUCCAUUCAGCAAACAUAUUUUUUAAGCAUUUCUGCUCCAGAAGUUUCGAAGUAUCAAACCCAAAGUUAUUAGAGUUAGUCGAGAACUUCGAUGAAAUCUUCUACGAGGUCAAUCAAGGACACGCUGCAGAUUUUUUACCGUUCCUAAUGCAUUUUCAUAAAAGAAAAAUGAAAAAAAUGAACUAUCUCACCCACAAAAUUAGAGAUUUUAUAGAAAACGAAAUAAUUGAGGACCGUUUCGAAAACUAUAAUCCCGACUUCGAACCAGAAGAUUAUGUGGACACUCUUAUUCACUACGUGAGAUCUGAAAAUACUCCGAUUCUGACUUGGGACGCAGCACUUUUUUCUUUAGAAGAUAUCAUCGGCGGUCAUUCUGCGGUAGCGAAUUUUCUCACGAAAGUAUUUGCUUUUCUUGUAACUGAAGGAGAGGUCCAGAAAAAAAUCCAGCAGGAAAUAGAUUCAGUUGUAGGAUGUGACAGAUUGGUGAAUAUUAAUGACAGAAACUCAAUGCCAUUCACACAAGCCGUAAUUUACGAAGCUAUAAGGCUCAUAGCAUCACCUAUUGUACCACGUGUUGCUAAUCAGAAUAGUUCAAUAGGAGGCUACAGAAUCGAAAAAGGGUCCGUUUUAUUCUUGAACAACUAUGACCUGAGCAUGUCCGAUGAAUUAUGGGAAGAGCCUAAUAAAUUUUUACCAAAACGAUUCAUCAAAAAUGGAAAACUUGUAAAGCCAGAUCACUUCUUACCAUUUGGAGGUGGAAGAAGAAGUUGCAUGGGAUACAGGAUGGUUCAUCUCCUGUCUUUUGGCAUCAUUGGCGGAUUGUUACAACACUUCUCAAUCAUCCCAGUGGAAGGAGAAUGUUAUGAAGUACCAAUAGGUUCAUUGGCAUUGAAAAAAGAUACAUUCAAAUUUCAGUUUGUUCGACGAUGAUGAAGACAUCAUAAAUAUUUUAUAUAUGAUUCCAUUACUAGAUAUUUAGUUUAUUUAUAUCAUGUGAC